UACUUCCGGUUGGUUUGACAACAGAAAUUAAGCGGCGGAGAGGAAGCUAGCAGGGUUACAGCGAAAGCGAGUUCUGAGUUUGUUGUUGUUCUAAAAGAAAAAACAAACGUCAAAAUGUCGGACGACAGAGCUGAGAGGUCAGAUGGGAAAAUGGUGAAGAUGGAAAUAGACUACAGCGCUACUGUAGACCAGCGACUGCCCGAGUGCGAGAAAAUGGCUAAAGAAGGGCGGCUUCAGGAAGCCGUCGAGAGCCUUCUGUCUCUGGAGAAGCAAACCAGGACGGCUUCGGACAUGGUGUCCACAUCCAGGAUCUUGGUGGCCAUCGUGCAAAUGUGUUACGAGGCAAAAGACUGGGACGCGCUCAACGAGAACAUCAUGCUGUUAUCGAAGAGGAGGAGUCAGUUGAAGCAGGCUGUGGCCAAGAUGGUGCAGGAGUGUUACAAAUACGUGGAUGCUGUUAGUGACCUGACUAUCAAACUGAGGCUCAUCGACACUCUGAGAACCGUUACAGCCGGAAAGAUUUAUGUAGAGAUUGAGCGUGCGAGACUCACUAAGACACUGGCCAACAUUAAAGAGCAGAGCGGUGAGAUUAAAGAGGCUGCGUCCAUUCUGCAGGAGCUGCAGGUGGAAACGUAUGGCUCCAUGGAGAAGAAAGAGAAGGUGGAGUUCAUCUUGGAGCAGAUGAGGCUGUGCAUAGCCGUUAAAGACUACAUCCGCACUCAGAUCAUCAGCAAGAAGAUCAACACCAAGUUCUUUCAGGAGGAAGGCACCGAGGAGUCUAAGCUGAAGUACUACAAUCUGAUGAUUCAAGUGGACCAGCACGAAGGCUCUUACCUCUCCAUAUGCAAACACUACCGGGCCAUUUACGACACUCCGUGCAUCCUGGAGGACAGCUCCAAGUGGCAGCAGGCCCUGAAAAGUGUGGUUCUCUACGUGGUUCUGUCUCCGUAUGACAACGAACAGUCUGAUCUGGUUCAUCGGAUCAGCUCGGACAAGAAACUGGAAGAAAUUCCUAAAUACAAGGAUCUCCUGAAACAGUUCACUACCAUGGAGCUGAUGCGCUGGUCCUCCCUGGUGGAGGAUUAUGGGAAGGAGCUGCGUGAGGGUUCUCCUGACAGCCCUGCUACUGACGUCUUCACCUACACCGAGGAGGGAGAGAAGAGAUGGCAGGACCUGAAAAAUAGAGUGGUAGAGCAUAACAUAAGAAUUAUGGCCAAGUAUUACACGAGAAUCACAAUGAAGAGGAUGGCUGGACUUCUCGACCUUUCCAUUGAUGAGUCUGAGGAGUUCCUGUCCAACCUGGUGGUGAACAAGACCAUCUACGCCAAAGUGGACCGGCUGGCAGGCAUCAUCAACUUCCAGAGGCCCAAAGACCCCAACGACCUGCUGAACGACUGGUCCCACAAACUCAACUCCCUCAUGUCCCUCGUCAACAAAACCACACACCUCAUCGCCAAGGAGGAGAUGAUCCACAACCUGCAGUAGCCACGGUCUUCAGCUCGGGAUCGGAUUACGCAGCUGGCUCAAUUGGACAGAAUUUCUUUUUGCAGUAAAAAAAAAAUCUGUUUAGUUAGGAACCCUUGUCAGUAAAAACGAAGACGUCAGGGCUUCAUUCACACUUCUUCUGGCUGUUGUUUAAUUGAUAUUGGCUUUGUUGUUCAGAUGGUCUGGACUCGUAUUCACUGUAAACGUGCUGAUGUGGACACAGCAGACAAGUCUGGUCUCAGACGGUUGGUUUUCCGAGUGCAGAUUAAACCAGGUUCAUGGCCGUGGUACAGGAAUAAUGUUCAGGUUGGAAAAUGGCAAAAGUCUCCAUUGCUGUAUACAACUGUUGCUCCAUGCCUCAUAACAUUUUUUGAGUGUUUUGCAAAGUACACAUUAAAUCUUUCUUUGGAAGACAA